GUUGAUUUUCAAUUAAUUAUUUUCACAAGUCUUUUAUCAUUGUGCCUGACUUCGUCUUCGUAGCUUGAAUUCGAUGUCCAGAUGUAUUGGAUUACUGCCAUUCGACCCUGUGUCGUGCCUAUCAGUAGCCUGAUCUCGGAGGCUAAGUGGGUCGCCGAGAUAGUCUAAACUUGUCAACAAUGGCAGGGAUGAGCGAAAUUUGUGGAUCGAAAUAGUUUGCUUCAGUCUCGGCAUGUCUCGGCAUGAUGAGACUAUAUUGUCUGAAGAGGUCAUCAACAGUGCCCUGUACGCAGUCAAAUUCAGACGGAGACACAAUUUAAUUUGUUCACCUGGAGAGACUGCGGUGGAGGUGACGAAGACGAUCACCCUCACUGCUGCGUCACUUGAGAGGCUGGUCACAGAGCUGCUCAUAAAUCGUGAAUCUACAUUCGUACACGUGUUCUUUUCGACGUAUCGAGCUUUCACCACGACUGAGUAUGUCGUUGAUGAGAUUGUCCAUCAGAUCGAGGAUUAUCCACUGGAUGUAUUCCUGUCGGACCAAUUCAAUUCUUCUGAGGCUCUUGGCAUGCGGUCCACACAGGAUGCGGAAAUCGUGGACAUUGCGGAAUCUGAGAGCGGCUGGAGGGCAAGAAAUGUCCAGACUGUGGUGAAAAUCUGGUUGAAAGAGUUCUCGGAGGACUUCAUUGGGAAACCAGUGUUGUGUGACAAGCUGCGAAAGGUUGUGGAACUGAGCUUGAAGAACACCUUCUUUGAUGAAGAGGAGCUGAUGCUAUUUAUCGAAAGUGUUCGUGACAAAGGUUUGGCCCAGUCCUGCCUCAGCCGGACAUUAUCGAUCGACCACGCUGAGAAGCUCAGUACCAGCUCGUCGACAGUAGCCAGCUUGUCGGCAAGCGAGAGUAUGGAUACGGCUGAAAAGCACUCCGUAGCCAGUCUAAUUGUCACUGAUGAACGGCAUAACGUGAAUGAUGACACUGAUGACUCUGCAGAUCUGGACAGCUGCUCGCCGUUUGAUAUGGCUGUGGAGCUGACCAAGAUUGAAUCUGGAUUGUUCCUUCGUGUACGGCCCUACGAGUGCUUGGCGGCGAUCUGGAGCAAGCGAGGUCGAGAUACCGGUGCUGGCGGCCGUCUGGCCGGUUCCGUCAUGGACACAGUGGAGCAGUUCAACCGCGUCUGCAGCCUGGUGAUGACCUCGUGCCUUCAGCCGCCGCGCUUCAUGGCCGAGCCACUGGAGAAGUCGGUGUGGGGCUACGAUGCCAGCGGAGGCCAGUGCUUGCAGCGUGCCUGUGCCGUAGGAUUCUGGAUUCGAACGGCGCAGGAAUGCCGGAAUCUCCGGAACUACUCGUCCUUGCGAGCAAUUCUGUCUGCGCUCGGCUCGUCUUCUGUGUCGCGGCUUCAAAAGACAUGGGAAAGCGUGGACAAGCAAACGUUGGCCAUAUUCUCUGACCUCUCGGCUCUGACGUCGACUGAUGGAAAUGAGCAUCGGUCUCGCGAGUUAUUGACCAAGGAGGGCACUGCCAAGGAUAUUGUGAAUCAAUCAUCCGGUGGUGGACGAGAGGACGGAUCCAUGCUCAAGCGUCUGAUUCAAAACUGCAAAGACUCACCUGUAAUUGGAACGCCGCCGCCUGAUGGGAAUAGAGCGUUGUUUCACAACAAUGAAGAUUCUUCCAAGGAGAAAUCUGGGAAAAGGAAGCCAACGUUAAGUGGACAAGAUAGAAUGUCCCUCGAUAAAGAUCUUAGCCUGAGUUGUUCGAAGAAGGCGUCGCUCAAAAACAGGAUUAAAUCGCCCAUCCUUGGGAAUCAAUAUUCCGAUGAUGAGACGGCCAGCGGCAGGAGAAACGACACUUGGUUUGCACUAAAGAAGAUGGAACUAUCCAACGCGCUGACCGGCAGGCAGCAUAACUCUUGGACGCCACUUAAGAAGUUGCGGGCUACUAUAUCCUUGCCACAGAGUUCCUCCUUGCCUCGAUCAGUCAGUGAAAAUUCAAUAGACAAGAUUGGCCAAGUCAAGUCUCCAACUAGCCCGUAUGCUCCCACGCACGAUAUUGAGGGUCCCAUGGAGAGGGCAAAGAAGGUGCUAUCCAGCGGUGUUGUUCCGUAUUUGGGUAUCUUCCUCACGGACCUGACAAUGGUGGAUUCUGCACAUGGGGACACGGUUAUCUCAGAACGCAAGGAGCUGAAGGAUAUAAAGCUUCUCAAUUUUGGCAAACGUCGGAAAGAAUUUGAAAUUCUAGCCCAGAUCAGCCUGUUCCAGAAGCAAGCCCAAGCCUAUCGCUUUGGCGAUACGAUAGAUCCGUUCGUUAAGAAGUGGAUCAAAACAUCCGAUGUCAUGGACGAACAAAAAUGUUAUGAGGAGAGUAAGUUAAUGGAGGGCCAGCCAAUCCGCUCUAACUCAAUGAAUGGUGAGGAAGCUGGCAGUCGGAGUGGCAGCUUGAAGCGUACUCUUAAAAGAUGUACAUCUGCGGGUACCCGGGAUUUGCACAGCACAGGCAUAUUUACGCAAAGUCCCACAUCAGAUGUAUCGAGACCCCUUGCCAAGCUCAAGUCUUCGUUGUCAGUGUCGAACUUGAGCAGGUCGAAAAUUACCCCUCCCAAUUCGGGUGGUAGUAGUGUCAGUGUGGGCGCAACUUCAAGCAACAUCGGUGGCGUCGACAGCCAUGUUGUGCGUGUGGCCUUGCACACAAGCAUAGGGAAAGUGACGACAAGCUACCAAACUCUCUUGCUGACAAGUGGCAUGAAAGCUCGCCAGCUCAUGGAGAAAAUCCUGGACAAGCAGUCUGUGCAAGCAUCUGUUGCCGACCUCCAGUUGUACCAAGUGCUAACUGAAACAAAGUUCAUGCCAAUUCGGUCCGACGUCAACGUCUUCUACGCCAUCAAAACGGAGGAAGUGAGCGCCAUUUCCUUCUAUGUAACACUGAAAGACGCCAAGCCGCCAACCAAGUUGCCUUCUCAGCACCGGAAGAACGGCUUCUUGCCGAGCAAGCCCAGUUAAAGUGGUUCACAGUCUCGCAGCACUGGCCAGCAUGCAUGCCAUACAUCAAGUACUUAUUUUUACGUCCAUCACCAAAGCUGAACCCCCACACCAUGCAACACACGACUUUUAUGCACGCAAAAUGGGAAAAGCACGUCAACGAACGCUGUUUUCUCCUUUCUUCUUUUCUUCAUCACUAAAACAUUUUUUACGCUUUGCACCUGCGCGCUUGCUUCACGAAUCCUGCUGCAGUCAUGUCUUCCCUAUCGUGCACUCCGCAUGCGUCUACCUAUGUUUCUCAUCAAAAUACUCCCCUCGAAAGCCGCAUUCAAACCUGACAGUGCUUUGACCUGUGUACAAUGUCAUUCUCCCCAUACCCACACUAAGUGUAUUAUUUAUUAUAGAUAUUCUGCAGCCGUCCUGGCUAUCCUCUUGUGUCAUCAUAGGAUCACAUCUGUACAUAGGAGUCUAGUGGGUGUAGGGUGUAUCUCAUCAGCCCCCGUGUAGAAAGCUGUGCUGCGCCUUAUGGCAGUUUUUUUUCUUCUUCUUCUUCUCUUUCUUCUUUUGUAUAGCCUCAGUACAUGCAGGCACGCACUCACCCCUGCUCGUUUCCCUGCACCUUGACUUGCGCACGCGGGCUGCGGCUCGGCUCUAACCGGCUUUGAGGGCGCCUUUUCCAUGUAUGAGUGCCUGCGCGCACUAUUCUGUUCAGGCUUGCCCCAGUGCUUUUUUUCCCCUUUUCCUUUUUUUCCGUCCUCGUUCUAACCGUUCCAGACGCCUUGUGCGCCGUGUGUCACUAGAAUAGCAACUUAGGUGUGAGUUGGUUGUGCAACUUCUUAGUGUCCAGCUUAUCUGUAUAAUCUUUAUGCUGGUCAGUAUAUUCUUUCUCCUGUCCCUGUCAUUAGGGAGGACAUAUGCUUCAAGUAUCACCAGUAUAUACAUGUA